UACCUGUUGUUCACGUUUGCGAUGCCCAAUCGCGCGUACUUCGCCACGCUCGUGUCAUUGACAGCCAUCGCUGAAAUAGGUACGACUUUAAGGCAGCUUCUGUCUCUGUGCGUACUUGAGACCGUCUACGCAGGCGUUUAUCUCGUUCUGAUCCGGCGUCGACUGGGAGUCUCGGGACUGUUCCAGCUCGCGUUCGUCCUCCGCUCCCAGUGGAUUCUGGUCCAGGCCAAGUUCCUGACGCUGUCACUCAUGAUCCUCGGCUUCCCACUCGCUCACUACGGGAACGGGGCCAUUUACAAUCUUCAUAAUGGUUAA